AUGGCUGGACAGGAAGUUUUCGAAAUUCUUGAUAAAAUUGCUAAAGAAGAACAGUUUAAUAAUUAUAAGAUAUCAACAAAUCUCCUUUCCACUGAUGGUGCUAACUUUUCCAGCAAUCUUUAUUUAGCAGAAAUUUCUGCAAGUGACAAAGAAUUAAACUUAUUUGUUAAAGUUGCUGCAAUUGGUGAAAAGUUGAGAACAUUAGCUCCUGUUUGUAUCUACAAAACAGAAGUUCAGUUUUACACGAAAAUAUUCAAAUUAUACAAUGAUAUCGAAACGAAACAUCAUGUGCCCGAUGAUCACAAAUUAGUCCUGCCGAAGCUAUACGGGUACAAUUUGGAAUGUUCGAACGAGAUUUUGGUGUUUGACAAUUUACUUGCCGAAGGUUUUGACAUGUACGAUAGAUUUCAGACUAUGGACUGGGAAUAUGCGUCGCUUUCGCUUACUGCUCUUGCUAAAUUACAUGGUCUUUCGAUGGCAUACGCAAUUGAGUAUCCAGAUGAAUUCAAAAAGGACGGAGAGAUAAUGAAAAUACAAGAAAACAUAGAUGGUUUAAAGGAAUAUUUAGAGAGUGCAAUAACUAAAGUGCUUCAGGUUACGAAGGCAGAAAAUAAAGAACGAUUGAAAACAUUUCUAGAUGGAGUGACGAGCGUUGAGUACUUUAUGGGUGUUCUGAAACCAAUGAGAAGCCGUGUUUUAACUCAUGCUGAUUAUCGUCCCAGCAACCUGCUUCAUAAAGUUCAAGAUGGAAAGACUACUAAAGUGAUACCCAUAGACUUCCAAACAAUUCGUCACGGAAACCUUGUUAGCGAUCUGGUCUACUUCAUCUUCACUGGGACAGACCAAGAAUUCCGGAAUACCCAAUAUCAACGAUGUUUAGAUCAUUACUAUUCCGAGCUGAGCCGUACUUUAACGAUGCUUAAUCUGGACCCCAAUGAGAUCUAUUCUAGGAAGGAUUUCGAAUAUGAACUUGAGCAGGCAUCAUCAUAUGGCCUUCUAUCAGCAAUAUUGUGUCUGCUCAUAAUAACAGUGGACCCUAAAGAUGCCCCAAAGGUGGAUGAUAAAUUGGAACAAAAGGAUUUUGCCGUUAUCCCCAAUGAACGGUACUCUGAGAGAAUUAACGGUGUUAUUGAAGAUUUUAUUAAAUUAGGCGUAAUUUGA